CGAAACUUUGAAAGAUUGAAUUCAAUUUGAGCUUCGGCAGAGAAGAACCGUUUUACAGAAGAAGAGAAGCGAGGCCGUACGUGUAGAACGUGUUACAGUAUAGCAUUCAAAUUCCGACAUUUAUAUCAGAAUUAGAGGGAAAUUACGUUAAUAUAUAAUCUCAAAUUCAGGUACUUGCACUUAGAUUAAAACAUCAUUAGUGGUUAUAUAUCAUGUGGUGAAAUCAUAGCUGUGAAUAUUGUUGAUACGAUGUUCAGAUACCAUGAAGUGAUGUUAAUGUUCUUGUUUGUGUCUUCCUGAUCCCAGGGGAAGACUAUCUCGAGUAGAUAUGAAGCCCUUCUCUGCAACGCGCUGUCAGUUGCAUUCCAGCAUCGAACAAUCAGCUUCUCUCCAGGAUGAAAACUAUAUUCACCGAUUAUCCGUUUUUUCUGCUGCCUCCCAUAAUCCAGGCAGAAAUGAUUUAUUACCCGAUUAUAGCAGUGCUUGGAAUUCUUGCUAAUGUGAUAUCGAUUGUGAUCCUGUCCCGGGGAAAGUGCGGUCUCUCCAAAUGUGUAUCACGCUAUCUUGUGGCCAUGGCUGCGGCGGAUCUGUUGGUUGCUGUCAUUGACGUUUUACUUUAUCGUAUCAAUCAUCUAUUUUUCCCCACAACUUUUCUCUUCAUUACUCAAGUCUGUUCCUUCCACAAGGCCCUCAACCACGCAGUCACAGACAUUUCCGUGUGGUUAACACUCUCGUUCACAUUAGAUCGAUAUUUGAUGAUUUGUUGCCACAAGCUGAGAUCCAGAUUUUGCACCGAGAAAACUGCAGCCAGGGUUAUAGCAACUGUGUGUCCGCUGUUCUGCUGCAAAAACAUCCCCUGGUACUUUGCAUUUGAACCUUCUAUAUCAAUACACAAUGUAGCAUGGGGCUGUAAUAUAAAACAGGAAUUCUACAUUGAACCCACAUGGAUAUUGUUCACAUGGAUUCACCGAUGUUUCACCCCUCUGCUCCCAAUGUUCCUGAUAUUACUGCUCAACGCUCUAACAGUCGGGCACAUUUUAAAGGCCAGUCAAGUCCGCAAGAAUCUGAGAGGCAGCAAGAAUGGUGCGAAUCAGAAUGAUGCCGAGCUGGAAAGCAGAAGGAAGUCAAUCAUCUUGCUCUUUGCAAUUUCGGGCAACUUCAUUAUGCUUUGGAUGACGUAUUUUAUAUAUUUCCUCUGGACACAGAUAACAACGCGGUUUUAUUUUACCGGUCUCAGUGACCCAUCGCUAAUUGCGGACGAAACCAGCUACAUGCUCCUGCUGUUGAGUUGCUGCACAAACACGUGUAUUUACGCGGUAACUCAGUCUAAAUUCAGAGAGGAACUGAAGACCGGGAUGACAUAUCUGCCGAGAAUUAUGUCCAAAUGUGUUAAGGAAUGAAUCUAAUGUAGAAACUAUAAGAAAUAAAUCACAGCAGCAUUGUCUCUCCCGUUUCAUCUAUGCCAGCAAUAUUCUCGUGUAUAUCUGACCUAUCUCAGUGCAACAUCCAAAAUAUCCUGAAGAUUUCUACAUUUUGCUUUAGUGAACAAGUCGGCAGAUUUAGACUGGGUUAGAUACUGAGCGAGCUGAUGGUCACGGGAUAAUUCGUAAUCAUACAUGCACACAACUUAAUUAAAAAAACCUUGUUUGUCGGGAGAUCUGUGUGGUCCUGGAAAUAGAUGGUCGGACAUUUGUUUUAGAAAACAAAAUAUCUUUCCUCUCAACCUGUACAUAACAAGGCGUGUUGCAUCAUCAAAUCUCCAAUAAAUAAACUGCACAGAAAAACGGGUAAUUAACAAGCUUCAGUGGGCGUUCAGUCAACACUCUGGGUGCAGUGAGCUGUACCUCAUCCGCUGUGAUACAGUUCCCAAUAAUACAGAUCACAAUGUCACAUUGAACGACACAUUAACAAUUUGCUACUGUUGACCAGCGCUUGGUGUUUAUAGUGGAAGUGAGUUGAUACUGCUAUUCUUGUCAUUGAUAAACGUUGUGGCUGGUGGAUUUGUCGAGGGGUUUAUUAGUUUGUGAGGGGAGCGCGGAAAGGCUUCGUGUCAUAUGUUUGAAAUUAAAUCCGCAUAGGCAGUGAUUUCAUGGCAGACGCAGACACCGUGGGUAGAAUAUAAUUCGGUAUUAUACGACUCUCUAGAGCAGAAACUGUGAAGUCAAAUCCAGAAUUAGAGCCAGAUUACUGCUUCUACACCGUCCCAUCAUGCACCACCAAGGUCUAUGCAGUAGCGGUGUAAAAUAGUACACGAUUCUGUGGACUGUCUCAACACGCACGUUUAAUACAGAAGCAGCGAGGUCG